AUGGAAACCUCAAUUUCUGACGAACAGAACGAUGAUUACGAAUAUAUUGUUGAAUUAUCGUGUAAUACUCAUGAAAAUUAUGAGCAAAAUGAAUCAGACGAAGACGAAAAUUAUGAUGCUCAAGAUGAUCAACUCGAAGAUGAAAGAAUUGAAAGCCAUGAUAUCAAAAAUGUACAACUUCCUUCUCCCCCUUCUUUUAAUAUAUUUCAACAUUUGCGCCCAACACAUGAAUUUACUUUAAACUUACCUACUAAAUAUGAAUUUGUAUUAUCAUCGCCAUAUUUAAUUUUUAGCCUCUUUUUUUCAUCUGAACAAAUAAGCACGAUAGUCCAGAAUACUAAUGAAUAUGCCUAUAUAAAAGGUGCAGAGGAAGGUUGUAGAUGGGAAAAAUUAACUGUAGGAGAACUUAAAAUUUGGUUAGCGAUUUUAAUAUAUACUGGUAUUUUUAAAUUACCUAGUAUUAGAGAUUACUGGAAUAGAGAUGAUAGAUUUCCCGAGCACAAAAUAACAACUUUUAUGUCAUUACUUCGUUUUGAGCAA